GGAUACAACAUGGCGGCCGGCUCCUAACGCUCUCCAUCCAGGGACCACCGUGGAAGUCCUCGGUCGGGACCCUGCCCCAGAGAAGUGAGAGUCGGGGGCUCUUUCCUGCCCUUCCUUCUCCGUCCCGAGUCUGCAAGGGUUGUCGCCAGCUUCUGGAUCCAGGAUGAAGAACUACAAAGCCAUUGGCAAGAUAGGAGAGGGAACAUUCUCUGAAGUUCUGAAGGUGCAGAGCCUGCGAGAUGGGAACUCCUAUGCUUGUAAACAGAUGAAGCAGCACUUCGAAAGUAUUGAGCAAGUGAACAAUCUCCGGGAGAUACAAGCUCUGAGGCGCCUGAAUCCACACCCAAACAUUCUUACGUUGCAUGAAGUGGUCUUUGACAGAAAAUCUGGUUCUCUUGCACUAAUAUGUGAACUUAUGGACAUGAAUAUUUAUGAGCUAAUCCGAGGGAGAAGAUACCCGCUGUCGGAGCAGAGGGUCAUGCACUACAUGUACCAGCUGUGUAAAUCGCUCGACCACAUGCACAGAAAUGGGAUCUUCCACCGAGAUGUGAAACCAGAAAAUAUAUUGAUAAAGCAGGACGUCCUGAAAUUGGGGGACUUUGGGUCCUGCCGGAGUGUGUACUCCAAGCAGCCAUACACAGAGUACAUCUCCACGCGCUGGUAUCGGGCCCCCGAGUGCCUCCUCACCGACGGCUUCUACAGCUACAAGAUGGACCUGUGGAGCGCUGGCUGCGUCUUCUACGAGAUCACCAGUCUGCAGCCCCUCUUCCCUGGAGCCAACGAGCUGGACCAGAUCUCCAAGAUCCAUGACGUCAUCGGCACACCCGCUGAGAAGACCCUCACCAAGUUCAAGCAGUCGAGAGCUAUGAGUUUUGAUUUUCCUUUUAAAAAGGGAUCGGGGAUUCCUCUCCUGACAGCCAGUCUGUCCCCGCAAUGUCUCUCCCUCCUGCACGCCAUGGUGGCUUAUGACCCCGACGAGAGAAUCUCGGCCCACCAGGCGCUGCAGCACCCCUCCUUCCAAGAGCAGAGGGCAGCAGAGAGGCAGGCUCUGGCCAACCACAGAAGAGCUUGCUUCUCCGAGUGCCCCGUGGGCCCAGACCUCAGCACUGACUGGCAGACGGCCAGGGAGAGCCGGAAGCAGCACCCCAGACUGCGGGCAGAGGAGGAGCGCGCCCGCCGGCCAGGCCCGGCCUUCGUGGUGGAGCUGCCCAAGCUGAAGCUGGCGGGCGUCGCUAAGCUGCCGUCCUUCUCCAGCCCCACGCUGCAGCCCGUGUUUGUCCCUGGCAAGGUGGCCGUGCUGCGGCGGCCCUUCAAGUGUGUGGGCGCAGGCCAGAAGACGGACACGCAGAAAGACUUGAAGCCGGACCUGAAGCAGUGCCGCCUGCCCACCAUAGAGAGGAAGGGCGGGGGCCCCUGAGCACCACGGCACCACUGCCAACUCCUAGGGAAGCCGCGCUUCCGACACCCCCCCUGGGCCGGCCCCGGAGGGUCCCCUUGAGCAGCCAGCCAUGUGGCCUGACCCCCAGCUCAGGUCCCUAUGUCCCAGAGCAGCUUCUGUCUUGUCUGUCACACGUGUCGACCUGAGUCAGAGCAGAUAGGACAUGUCUGCCCAUGAGCUGACUAUUAAAGACUAUCAGGGCAAGGCCUGGCUUCAUGCUUUCUGAGUCCAGCGCAGGCUCUGGCCAGCGGCCCUGGGCUCUGCAAGUACUCCCCGGUGCGCUUU